AUGAAUAUUAGCAUACUGGCACCUUGGCCUCCACAGCACCUUGGCCUCCACAGCACCGUGGCCUCCACAGCACCGUGGCCUCCACAGCACCGUGGCCUCCACAGCAACGCGGCCUCCACAGCACCGUGGCCUCCACAGCACCGUGGCCUCCACAGCACCGCGGCCUCCACAGCACCGCGGCCUCCACAGCACCGUGGCCUCCACAGCACCGUGGCUUCCACAGCACCGUGGCCUCCACAGCACCUUGGCCUCCACAGCACCGUGGCUUACACAGCACCGUGGCCUCCACAGCACCGUGGCCUCCACAGCACCGCGGCCUCCACAGCACCGUGGCCUCCACAGCACCGUGGCUUCCACAGCACCGUGGCCUCCACAGCACCUUGGCCUCCACAGCACCGUGGCCUCCACAGCACCGUGGCCUCCACAGCACCGUGGCCUCCACAGCACCGCGGCCUCCACAGCACCGUGGCCUCCACAGCACCGUGGCUUCCACAGCACCGUGGCCUCCACAGCACCUUGGCCUCCACAGCACCGUGGCUUACACAGCACCGUGGCCUCCACAGCACCGUGGCCUCCACAGCACCGUGGCCUCCACAGCACCUUGGCCUCCACAGCACCUUGGCCUCCACAGCACCGUGGCCUCCACAGCACCGUGGCCUCCACAGCACCGUGGCCUCCACAGCACCGUGGCCUCCACAGCACCGUGGCCUCCACAGCACCUUGGCCUCCACAGCACCUUGGCCUCCACAGCACCGUGGCUUCCACAGCACCGUGGCCUCCACAGCACCUUGGCCUCCACAGCACCUUGGCCUCCACAGCACCGUGGCCUCCACAGCACCGUGGCCUCCACAGCACAGUGGCCUCCACAGCACCGUGGCCUCCACAGCACCUUGGCCUCCACAGCACCGUGGCUUCCACAGCACCGUGGCCUCCACAGCACCGUGGCCUCCACAGCACCGUGGCCUCCACAGCACCGCAGCCUCCACAGCACCGUGGCCUCCACAGCACCGUGGCCUCCACAGCACCGCGGCCUCCACAGCACCGCGGCCUCCACAGCACCUUGGCCUCCACAGCACCGUGGCUUCCACAGCACCGCGGCCUCCACAGCACCGCGGCCUCCACAGCACCGUGGCCUCCACAGCACCGCAGCCUCCACAGCACCGUGGCCUCCACAGCACCGUGGCCUCCACAGCACCGUGGCGCCACUAA